UCGACAACACCUCUAGUAGUCUGCUCAUCGACCCAAGAACAGUAAACAUCAAGAUCUCUCCGUUUUCUUUCGUCUGUCUCCCUGUUUCUUCACCUCGCUCUCGUACUCACGCUUCCUCCUGUGAGUGGUUUCUGUAACAACCAUGAGGGUCGCUGCCUGUCUCAUCCUCCCAGUUCUUCUCGGGGUCUGCUUCGCUUCAAGACUGAAUGGAAACAGUCAUGGCAACGGUAAUGGCAACGGCAACGGUAACGGCUUCACCUAUGGCGUUAACAGAAACGGGAAUGGUGCCAACGGCAACGGAAAAUACAGAAAUGGAAACGGGAACGGUGUGAACGGCAACGGCUACACCAACGGCAAUGGUGCUGUCAACGGCAACGGCUACACGAACGGCAACGGUGCUGUCAACGGCAACGGCUACACGAACGGCAACGGUGCUGUGAACGGCAACGGUAACGGUGCUGUUAACGGAAAUGGUAACGGCAACGGGUACUCCUACCAGCCCCCCAGUGUACCUGUCAACCUGUACCAGACCCCAGGCAGCAACGGCAACGGUGCUGUGAACGGCAACGGUGCUAUUAAUGGCAACGGUUACACCAACGGUGUCAACGGCAACGGUGCUGUUAACGGAAACGGUUACACCAACGGUGUCAACGGCAACGGCGCUGUUAAUGGAAACGGUUACACCAGCGGUGUCAACGGCAACGGCGCAGUUAACGGAAACGGUUACUCCAACGGUGUCAACGGCAACGGCGCUGUUAACGGAAACGGCUACUCCAACGGUGUUAACGGCAACGGCGCUGUUAACGGAAAUGGUUACUCCAACGGCCGUGUCAACGGUAACGGCGCCGUUAAUGGAAACGGUUACUCCAACGGCCGCGUCAAUGGAAAUGGCGCCGUUAACGGAAAUGGUUACUCCAAUGGCCGCGUGAACGGCAACGGUGCUGUCAACGGUAAUGGUUAUUCCAACGGUCGCGUCAACGGUAACGGUUACUCCAACGGGCGUGUCAACGGAAACGGUGCUGUGAACGGUAGCGGUUACUCCAACGGCCGCGUCAACGGAAACGGUUACUCAAACGGUCUCGUUAACGGCAAUAGUGCUGUCAACGGCAAUGGUUACACCAAUGGAGUCAGCGGUAAUGGAGUGAACGGCAACGGGUACACUAACGGAGUCAAUGGCAAUGGUGCUGUUAACGGCAAUGGGUACACCAACGGCGUCAACGGUAAUGGAGUUAAUGGCAAUGGUUACACCAACGGAGUCAAUGGCAAUGGUGCUGUUAAUGGCAACGGUUACACCAACGGUGUUAACGGCAACGGAGUGAACGGAAACGGUUACACUAACGGCGUUAACGGUAAUGGCGCUGUCAACGGUAACGGUGCUGUCAACGGCAACGGCAACGGCAACGGGUACUCGUACCAGCCCCCCAGCGUUCCCGUCAACCUGUACCAGACCCCACAAGGCUAA